AUGGCAGAACGAGUCACCCUUAGAUACGAAGGCCGCAUUGCAAUCAUCACCUUCAACCGUCCCGAGGUCUUAAAUGCCCUAGAUGGCGAUUGCUACUAUCUCUUGGGGGAGCGAUUGCGCGAGAUCGACAAGAGAGACGAUAUCUACAUUACUGUUCUGACGGGAUCGGGUCGAUUCUUUUCUGCAGGAGCUGACAUCCGUGGCAACGGUGUCAAUCGUCAAGUUGAUAAAUCACUAAGUGAAGGAGAAGUGCGCAGAGAGAUUAUGCGCGGUUUCCUGGUAAAUAAUCUAGACGUCACACGCACAGUGUACAACCAUUCAAAAAUCCUGGUGGUUGCGCUCAAUGGCCCCGUUGUCGGACUCACGGCUGCUGUGAUCUCGUUUGCGGAUUUCAUCUAUGCAGCUCCCCAUACAUUCCUUCUCACGCCUUUCUCGUCCCUCGGUCUGGUUGCUGAAGGUGGUGCUUCGAGGGGGUUUGUGCAGAGACUGGGUAUUUCAAAAGCAAAUGAGGCGCUACUCAUGAGUAAGCGCAUAACAUGCGAAGAGCUAGUGGCAACUGGAUUCGUGAACAAGGUCAUUUCGGCACCAUCUGGAAAGAAGGAAGAUUCAGACGGCUUUUUGAAAGCUGUUUUGGCCGAAGUCGAUGACAAACUGGGCGUGCAUCUAAACCAGACUAGUCUUCUUGGGAUUAAGAGACUAAUUCGUCAGCCGGAACGCGAGGCACUUGAUAGAGCAAAUUUGUUGGAAGUUUUCGGGGGUGUGGACAGAUUUGUUGCUGGUAUCCCGCAGGAAGAAUUCAGGAAGCUCGCCACUGGUGAGAAGAAGCAUAAGCUGUGA